UACAAAACAUAGGCAAUAGCUCAAUAAUAACAAUGUAUUAAAUAAUAACCGUGAUUAUAACCUAAAAUCUUAAUCAUAUCGACUUUGGUUUUUUCGAUUCGUCAACUUUUGAAGUUAUGAAUCGUUCGGUUUUUACUUUUUUUUUCUUAUUAAUCUUAAUAUCAUUAAUAAUUAAUUGUAUCUACGUAACUUCGUUUAAUCUAGUAUUUCUAAUAUAAUAUACUGUAUUAUAAACUAUUUUAAAUCUGUUAUAUUUUUUGGUCCAUAAUUACCUAAUCGUUGAUUAAUGAAGUGGAUGGUUAAUAAUUGUUUCAUAAUAUAAAAGUAUUUAAAUUCUGUUUAGUUAAUGUAAUCCGUUUUUCAAUACCCACGCUUUGAAGUAACAGAAUAACCAUCGAUUUCUAUCAUAUUAAGGUAUAAGAUAAACAUUAUGAACAACAUAUUAAAUAGUACUGUUGAUCGCUUCUUAGACAAGUGUGAUGAUGUCUUGAAACAUUUUCCUCAAGAUGGACAAAAACAAGUAAGUCGUUAUUAUGAAACUGAUUGUCGUCACUCACAUAUUUUAAAUAAAUUGGUGAAGUUUACUAAAAACACUAAAGAAUUUACAUCUACUGAUGAACAACGUAUGAAGAAAAUGCUGAUUGAGUCCUUAGACCUGGCUGACAAAAAAGUUAACAUUGCUGAAUGUCUAAUGGACAUGGUUGAAAAAAACAUGAGUAAUUUAGAAACAAAUUAUAAAGAAGUGGAAGCUGCAAAAUUAAGUUUAAUUAAAUCAAAUAAAAGAAUGUCAAAAAGUAUGCCUGAAUGUAAGAAAAUUGAUUCAAAUUCUAUUGAUGUACUAAGUAUAGAUAAUUCUAAUAAGCGCCCUAAAAGAAAUGUAACAAAAAUAUCUACAACAUUAAACAAAAGCUUAGAAGUGAAUGCGAAUCUUGAUAAAAAACCAAGCACUAAUCAAAAUAAAAAGAACACCGCAUUAAACAAAAAGUCUAAGGCACAGCCUCCCAAAAAUAAAAAAGUAGUUUCAGAAUCCGAAAGUUCCGACAAUGAAAGUGAUAAUGAUUUAAAACCAACUUACUGUAUUUGUGAAGAAAUAUCUUACGGUGAUAUGGUUUGCUGCGAUAAUGAUUUAUGUCCAAUUGAGUGGUUUCAUUUUGGCUGCGUAUCUAUAAGUAGAAAACCCAAAGGAAAAUGGUUUUGCCCAUUUUGCAGAGGAACUAAUUCCAAAACCAUGAAGCCUAAAUCAGUAUUUCUUAAAGAACUUGAAGAGUACAAUAAACGUAAAGAAGAAAACUGGUGAAUGGUACAAUCCAUUUAUAGAUUAUUUAUUUAAUUUGACGCUAAAUUGUUUCAAUGAAAAAGAAAUUCAUACAUUAUGUGUCUUAUAUUUAAGCUAACUCAAUUUUCAUGAAUGAUAAUUAUGUUAAUCAAUAAUAAUACUAAACAUAGGAUAGCAUAUCUUUGUUUUGUUUUUCUGCGUGACUAAAUGGAAAAACAUAAUUGCUCAUCCUAAUAUUCUUCAAUACUUGUUUAUAAUAUUUUUUAAUAGAAGUAUGACUUGUUCAAUCAUAAAAAUAUACAUUAAAAUUUAAAAUCGUCCCAAAUGCUAUCAUAUUGCAAAAGUUAUUAUGUAGUAGUAGUAAGUAUUAUGUAAUCAUAUAAAUGGCGAUUAUUUUUCUAAUAAUUUAAAAUACAAACUUUAAGCAUACGUUUAUUUUAUUUAUUUUAUAUAAUAGUAUUAAUAUAUUUUCAUUUGAAACUCAAACGUAUAAAAUGACUAACUUUAGUAACUUAAAAUUGUUUUACUGAACUAUGUAAAUUCAUAAUAUAAUGAAGAGUUAUUAAUUUGGUUU